AACGGAGCGUUUGGCGCGAAAUGACUGCCGCGCUUUUUUAUUUCCCGCGUUCAAAACGUAACUAAAACAACAAAUAUACACAAAAAUGGAUUUAAAAGAAAUUAUUAAGUGGUUUAUCCCGUGUUUUCAUAUAUUGCUAUUAAAAAAAGUGAAAAUGUUCGGCCGUUUGACGUAUAUAGUAUUGUUUUUACUUUUUAUUUGGCGACCCGGUUGUGGCGCGAACGCGAACCUAGUUAGUGAUAGUAUUGAUACCAAAAAUGUAGUUAGUAGUUAUUUAGACAGUAAAUAUAACCAAAGUGAUGUUUAUGAUGUUAAAAUGGAUAGAAAUGACGGGAGAAGCCUGGAUUUGUCAACCGGCCGUACAUUCGGGCGUCCUCUCAAGAAGAUGAUGCAAGCUCUCAUCCCGCUCGCAUUCCAGAUCGGAGCGGCUUCCACGUGGGCAGUGGUCGCUGCUAUAGUCGGCAUCAAAACGUUGCUGGUCGCGCUUGUUAUACUGAAGCUACUGCUCAUGGCUGGCGCUGCUAAGGUGGGAGCCCUAUUCGGUCAGAAGACGCACCACGGCCAUGGCUGGGAGGCGCCGGCGCAGAAGGAGAUACACCUGCACAUACACAACGGAGCACAUCCAGAGAUACAUGAUGAGCAUGGCGCUAUUUCCGCUUGGAACAGAGACAGCACAGGAACGGCAGCGGCUUCAGACAAGAACAUUAAUUUAGUUAUUAACCCUUACGCUGCGGUUGCUGGACCACAAACUAUUAGCACGCCGUAUGGAAACUAUGUUAGGGUUGACUCUCCUAGCGCUUUGUCAUCAUUGUCUUCUUUAUCGAGUCUUAGCACUUAGCUUCAGAGCACCGGGAACAUAAACGUCUCUAAACUAUGAAUUUCCACUUUUAAUUGACAAGGUUAACAGUUGUUUUAAGAAAAACGGACGUUUAUGUUGUCGGUGUUAAUAGGCCUUAGGUAAUUCAUAACUUCUACGACCCGUAAGUUCCAAUUAUUUUGUGCACACUGCACCGCGUAUAACCGCGGAUUAUAUACUUAAGUAGUAUUCCUCCGCGCGGACAGGCUUCUUGGGAAAGGUUUGAGCAGAUUUCAUUGAAAUUAAAACCACGGUGCGCAGUGUCGUUUGUGAAUCAUUUUAAGAUGAUGUAAUUUUAAUUAGAAGAGAUUAUUUUAAAAUCCUUUAAAAUGUGGUGGUACCUUCAGUUAGACAUUUCUCAUAAUCCAUAUUUCUCAUACUUAAUGCACAAGGAAUGAUUUGGUAAGGGCAUUAGCAAAGGCGUAACCAUGUUCCCAGUUCCCACUAGUUCUGAUUACCCAUCAAGAAGUAUAAUUAUAUUCAGAUUCAGACCUUUGCUUCUAAGAAACUGCUUCCACGUACCAUCAAGCUGGAGAUGUAAAGAAUUCGUUUUCCUUAUCAAUAUGUAGUUAUUUAUGCAACUUAGCAGAUUGCUAGCAUUUCCUCAUUUCCAUGAGCAUUUGUUCAGCAAUUUAUUAAGUUUUAUAAGUGGCAGAAGGAAUUUUAUGUGUAGAAAUAUACCUAAUGAAGGUAUUAAGUACAGUUAGCCUCACUAAACUUUGCAAUUUUGAAGUGAGACAUUUGACUUGACAGACGACGAUCUUAUAAAGGUCGCGGGAAGACGCUGGAUGCAGGUCGCCUCCAACAGGUAUCUGUGGAGAUCUAAGGGGGAGGCCUAUGUUCAGCAGUGGACGUCCUAUAGCUGAGAAGAUGAUGAUGACAUUUGACUUCUUGCUGUCAUUUGAAAAUCUUCGGCUGUUGUAACUUGUAACGUAUGUCUGACAACCAGUCAUGCCUAGGGCUAUCGGGUUGCCCGGGUAACUGGGUUGAGGAGGUCAGAUAGGCAGUCGCUCCUUAUGAAGCACUGGUACUCAACUGCAUCCGGUUAGACUGGAAGCCGAACCCAAGAUAAUUGGCACAAGGCAGACUAACUAGCUACAGGAUUGCAAAGUUAUAUGAAGAAAUCUGCUAUAAAUGUUAUAUUGUAUGUAAUUUCUAUUGUCAACCGUUUUCGCUUGAUUUUGGAAAUACUUUAGCAAUUUCAUUUUACUUAGUUAAGUAUAGUCUAUAUUGGCAAUAACUUGAGCGUUAAAUUUUGACCAAGAAUAGACGAACUACCGGUGAGUUGGACCAUUUAACUAUAACGAUAACCGAACCAUUUUCAGUUGUCAAAUCGCCGAUGUGACCAAUGGGCGGCAAGUAUACGGCUGGUUAUGGUUUGGUUAUCGUUAUAGUUAAAUGGUCCAACUUUCUAUAAAUAUUUCUUCUGGAAGUUUCUAUCCAGGAUAUUGAGGCUUUGAUUUUAAUGUUACCAGGAAAUGUAAUUUAUUUUUAUAAUGGUAGUAUUUAGUUAAUGUAGAGUGUAAGUUGUAAUAUUUAUUUCUGUGUAUGAUUGUGAACGUAAAUAAUUUUAAGUGUAAUAAAUUAUUUC